AUGAGUAGUGCUGCAUCCUUCGACUUCAUAGGGGUGAGGCUACACGCCAUUAAAUCACAAGAUGGCCUGGCGCUGUUUUACUACGCUUUGCAAGGAUGGUGUUAUGAUGUGGUUGCAGUGUUUUCAAUAUCGCUGUUCCAAGUUGACAAAUUGGUGCAACUGAUUGGAUCUCCUGUGUUCACCUAUGUUGAUGAUGAAGUUCCAGAAGACCUACGCCUUCAACUGCUCAAACCUGAGCCUUAUCCUUACUUGUUCAAGUGUCUAUAUGGAUUACUCAUGCUGCUCCCCCAACCAACCGCUUUCGUUUCAUUCUGUAACCUUCUCAAUGCAGUCUACUCUACCGGCUUCCUCCACAUUAACCCCAAAGCGAUACUCGAUCACAUCACAAUCCAAACUCGGUUGCAACGACAUAAAAUGGCAGGGUCUAAGCAUGCAUUAGGAACCGACGAAGCCCAUGGCAGCGACAAGAAAUUUUCAUCAUUUGACAUCCUCGUUAGUCGUGUCACAGUGUUGGGACUCUAUCUUGGUGACUCGUCCAACUCCAUGCCGUGGGAUAAACAUUAA